GUUAAGGUGUGAUUGAGGCGAAACGUCGGCACGGGAUCACGCUAGCCUACCUUGGGCAUAGUCUACCUAUCAUUAUCACGUGUGAGGGCAUAGAAAACAACCCCAUGCAAUACAUGAAUACCCAAAUAUCUCCUUUCACAUUACUGUGAUUCAAAGAAGCAGGAUUUGACCAGGCUCCUGUGGCCUUGCUGGUGUGGAUAUUCUCAAGUGUCAACACCCAACCCGUGUUUCAUAUAUAUCGUGCUGCACCAUCACUCUAUCCCAAUGGAUGUACCUCAGGAGACUAUUGAUAAGAUCCAGCGUUUCGCAGUGAAACGGGAGAAAGCCGAAGAGAGUUAUGAUCAACAAAUCAGCCCGGCCACUCUCCAGGCGUAUAAUAAGAAGCUGGAUGAUACCCUGAAAAAUCUUCAAGACCGAGUUAAACGCCAAGAAGAUGACUUGCGCAAGCUCCGCUCGGUCAACGCGGUUGAUUUUUCGAAGAUCGGCGUGGACCCGUGGUCUCGCGUUUCGCAAGUUAGAAGAGCCAAGAAAGCAUAUGACUCCCUCCUGCGAUCCGAAACAAAGCUCCCAAGCUCUGGGUCUCCUCUGCCAUCCUUACUUGCGGUCGAGGAGAUAUCUCGGCUGGUCAAUGAGAGCAAGUUAUCUGUCAGGAUGACAGCAAACAAGCUUUCGACCAGCCGCCAGCGUUUGAAAGUUGAAGAGGCAAAUUUGCGUGAUGCCCAAGCCAUCAAUGAUGGACUGCAAAAACGGAUAGCUAGUAUCCAUGAACAACAAGCCCAGAAAGAGCAGAAGUCGCCAUCCCAACUAGCACAUGAUCUUGUCGAUCAGCAACAAGAAAAAAAGGAAGAGCUUGACAAGGCGACGGAAGAGCUAAACGCCUCUCUCCAUAACUUUAUUGAUGAAACUUUGGCGCCCAUGCUCGCUGCAGAAGAUCUCGGUGGUCCAACUGUGGGAGAUGAAAUGAGCGUUUCUGAUGAGACAUUGGAGAGAGGCUAUACAAGCCAUGGUAAGCCCAAAAAACCGAAAGCUUCGGUAACGAGCCAUGAUAGCAGCCAGCGUCGCAUAGAUGAACUCGUCAGGGGCCAAACAUCUCAAGGAGAUAAUCAAGAACAGAACCGGGCCAAUCGACGCGAGACAGCAGCUACUGAUAUGCAUGAGCUGCUCGCCUCGUUACUCGAUGCAGGUACCUCCUACAUUGAUCUUCCCCGAGAGUCUGCCGCCUCCCGAUUCCUUGUAAGAGCCAAGGUAGCUCAAUUCCAUCCACGCGAUGCCAGACGCUUGAGGUUGAUUGAUUUCGGGCGUUCGUUGAACGAUUGAAUGGCUGCUCUCAAUAGUUUAUUUUAAUGCACAGUCCGACUUUACCAGACUCCAGGAAUUACCAACCAAUAUCCUUGUGGGACAUAUACGAAUUAAGACUAUAUACGGUUAUAGUUGCAAAGAGUUAAGAGAAAGAAUGUAUGGAAGAACGUGCAAAAAGUCCAGUCACAUGCGCUCAGUACGAGUACAUAU